ACUAGCCCUUGUCCCUCUUUUUUCUUGUGUGUUCUGUCUCUUAAAAUGUAUCCCACAGGCGGAGCCCUGACUGCCAUCAUCAGUUCCGUGGGUGUUGCUGUCCUCAGUGCCGUCUCAAGUUACUUUGCAUACCAGAAAAAGAAACUCUGUUUCAAAAUUCAAGGAGAGAGUGGCAAAAACCGUGGUACUCGGUCUGAUCCUCAAGUUCUCAGCAACCUGCUCCGUUCAUCGAAACUGCAUUGGAUCUGCACGUUGAAAGACUAUAUGCACACAGAGCGUGUACAGCCAUGCAGAGCCUAACAGUAUGAGAAAUAUCUUUUACAUGAAAGGCUGGUUAAAGACUGUUUAAAAAGUCUUAGUGUAAGUAUGUGUUUUAUUUUCAGUUUUUAUUGGGAUUAUCUAAGUUGUAUUGACUAUAUUUUAAGAAUGUAUUUUUUUUUUCUUCUGUAUUAUAUCUUAUUUUGUUCAUUAUUUUGUUCACUAAUUGUUCAUCUUUAGAUGAAGUAGAGUAAUAUGUCACUACAUGGCUUAGUGUUUAUAUUAAACCUUGCGAUUUACUUUA